UUCCUCUCUUUUUUUGAAAACAAAGAGAGAGCCAGAACCUAAACGCUCAGCUACAGCCAGCACCCAUUUCAGAGUCACCGAGAAAGAAAAGGAAACAAAAAACCUAAAAAUCUAGUUUUAUAGAAAGGCAUAACGAAAUGGCAGACGGUGAGGAUAUUCAACCUCUCGUAUGCGACAAUGGUACUGGAAUGGUCAAGGCUGGCUUUGCUGGAGAUGAUGCUCCAAGGGCUGUAUUCCCUAGCAUCGUGGGUCGCCCUCGUCAUACUGGUGUGAUGGUUGGUAUGGGCCAAAAAGAUGCCUAUGUUGGGGAUGAGGCUCAGUCAAAGAGAGGUAUUUUGACUUUGAAAUACCCAAUUGAGCAUGGUAUUGUUAACAACUGGGAUGACAUGGAGAAAAUUUGGCAUCACACCUUCUACAAUGAGCUCCGUGUGGCUCCUGAAGAGCAUCCAGUUCUUCUCACUGAAGCUCCUCUCAACCCUAAGGCCAAUCGUGAGAAAAUGACUCAAAUUAUGUUUGAGACCUUUAAUGCUCCUGCAAUGUAUGUUGCUAUCCAGGCUGUUCUUUCCCUUUAUGCCAGCGGUCGUACCACUGGUAUUGUUCUGGACUCUGGAGAUGGUGUGAGCCACACAGUUCCAAUCUAUGAAGGCUAUGCCCUCCCACAUGCCAUUUUGCGUCUGGAUCUGGCAGGUCGUGAUCUCACUGAUGCUCUUAUGAAAAUCUUGACUGAGCGUGGUUACUCUUUCACCACCAGUGCAGAGCGAGAAAUUGUCAGAGACAUGAAGGAAAAACUAGCCUACAUUGCACUUGACUAUGAACAAGAGUUAGAGACGUCAAAGACCAGCUCAACUGUUGAGAAGAGCUAUGAGUUGCCAGAUGGGCAGGUUAUCACCAUUGGAGCUGAGAGAUUCCGUUGUCCAGAAGUCCUUUUCCAACCAUCUAUGAUUGGGAUGGAAUCAGCUGGAAUCCAUGAAACCACUUACAACUCCAUCAUGAAAUGUGACGUCGAUAUUAGGAAGGAUCUCUAUGGUAAUAUUGUUCUCAGUGGUGGCACUACUAUGUUCCCUGGCAUUGCUGAUAGGAUGAGCAAGGAGAUUUCAGCAUUGGCUCCCAGCAGCAUGAAGAUUAAGGUGGUGGCACCACCAGAGAGGAAAUAUAGUGUCUGGAUAGGAGGCUCCAUUUUGGCAUCCCUCAGCACCUUCCAGCAGUGCAGAUGUGGAUUGCAAAGGCAGAGUAUGAUGAAUCUGGACCAUCAAUUGUCCACAGGAAAUGCUUCUAAUCAUUCAAAGUUGAAAUGGCAAAACACUUGCUACGUAAUCUUUUAUGUUGCAAAAGGCUUCUAAUCAAGUGGUUGCAAAAUUUUCUUCUCUUUAUUUCAUUUACAUAAUUUGUUUAUUUUUUUAAAUUAUAUAUAUAUAUAUAUAUUUUUUCUGUUUUGCCUGUUCAUGUCUGGAUAAAACGAGGGCGAGCGGUUCAAUUUCAGAUUCUUUCUUUAAAAAUUUUGUUAUUUGAUUGUAGAAGAGUUGUUUAUUGUAAUUGAUUUGAUUUCGGUUUAAUUUUAAGGGAUUCAUUACAUCAUUAUUGGCUAUUUAGAGUCAUUUAAAUUAAAUAAAACAAGUAAUUAUUUUUCCUUUU